AUGACACUGUUAGAACAAAUAUUUUUGUUACUCGUUAAUACGAAAAGCUUUACCCUUCUUGUGUCAAAGCGCCUAGAAAACCACAUCAUUCAGAAAAACCUCUUUAUUAACAAAUCCAUUCAAAAAGGAUGUAUGGAAAAAGUUCCUGGUUGCUGGGAGCAUAUGUCUCUUGUCUGGGCUGCUCUGAGAAACGCCAAGUCUAGAAAAAAUGCACAAUCUGCAAUAUGGCUUGAUGUGGCGAAUGCGUAUCCCACUAUACCGCAUAAACUCAUUUUCAUGGCCCUUCGUCGCUGUGGUGUUUCAGAGUCUUGGAUAAGGCUUAUUAACGCCUACUAUGGCAGCCUCUGGACUAUAAGUGUAAUCAUUGAAUAUGUGUGCGCCGAAGAAGAGUUAGAAAGUUGUGUUCCGCCUGGCGAUUCAGACCAUCCUCCGGUUAAGGCCUUUAUGGAUGACAUAUUUUUAAUGUCUUCAAGUGUCCCUCAAACUCAAAACUUGUUGGAUCGUUGUGUAACAGCACUUCAUUGGGCUGGAAUGGGCUUUAGACCUUCAAAAUCACGAAGCAUUUUUAUAGCUAAUGGAAAAGUUUUAGAUCAGUCUCCUUUUGGUGUCCUGCAAGAACCAAUCCCAUUUAUUCACGCAAACCCAGUUAAGUUUCUUGGCCGGACGAUAAAUUCAACAUUGUCAGAUUCAACUGUUGUCCAACAGGUUAUUGUUAACCCUGUAGAGCAAGUCAAACUCAUAGAUAAGUCUUCCCAUAGAGGCAUUCACAAAGUGUGGUUUUUGCAUCAUAUUUUAAUUCCCCGAAUACGAUGGCCUUUUUUAAUUUACAAAGUUCCGAUAUCUCGUAUUGUUUCACUGGAACAAAAGUUUUCUUUCUUCAUAAGAAAGUGGCUGAGACUCCAUCACUCUAUUUCUAACAUAAGUUUGUAUUCCGCUUCAUCGCCAUGCCCGUUAUCUUUAAAAUGUCAAUCCUCUGUAAUAAAAUCUGCCAAGAUCAGUGGUCAUCUUCUCCUCCGAGAUUCGGCUGAUCCUCUAGUCUCAGACUCUCCUCCAGACUUAAAGGCUGAACACUGGAAGGUAGAUCAAACAGGAAAAUCAGCAGAGAGUCAACUCGAGUUCAUGAAAAUACUUGGUUUCCACCAGCUUGGUAGAGCAGGCUUGGGACUGGUAAGCCAUAAGAGUGUCCCAGCAAUUGGUAUCCAUUCUUACCGCGAACUUGUAUCAGAUGUUGUGCAGGACAAUGAGGAAGACAUCUAUUAUGCUCGAGCCGUUCAGCUUCAUGUCCAAGGUAACUGGACUAAAUGGUGCUCGUUUAUUAAAUACGAUCUUUCUUGGAAGAACCUACUGUCUCUGCCGCAAAGUUUAUCUUCGUUUUGCAUCAGCGCAACCUAUGACACGCUUCCUUCUCCUACAAAUCUUGUCAAGUGGAGAAUUCAAAAUUCGAGAUGUCAUAAAGUAUCCCUUGUUCCAGCUGGUAAACGUCUUCUCACCAAAAGGCGUUCAAAAAUUCAAGGUAUCCUUCACCUGGCCUCUGAUUGGAGAUUAUUGUCAGACUUAGAUUCAACCUUAAUAGUACCACCUUAUCUUGCUGUAACGCAACUUCGUCCGGACAUACUUUUAACUUCUGCCAUGACCAAAACUGUAAUUAUCCUUGAAUUAACUUGCCGAACAUGGAGACUUGGCAUGGAGUUAAGGUUGAUAAAUACUCGUCACUUUGUUCCGUCAUGA